AUGUCUGCGGGCAUGCAGGGUGUGAUCAACUUUGACGUUCUUUUUCUUUCCGUUCAGGCUGCUCAGGCUGGCGUCCAGGAGCUUCGAUCCAAGGCAAGUUCCCUGCGGCAAAAAUCAGAGGAGGCUAGAGCAUCCCAAGUGGCCAGCACAUCGCAGAACAGAGUCCUGGAUAGCUUAACGAAGCUCAAACAGACUGGUCGGAUUAAUGGGUUCCAUGGCCGACUCGGUAGCCUAGGCACGAUCCCAGACAAAUACGACGUCGCAGUCUCUAUCGCCUGUGGCUCCCUUGACAACAUGGUUGUCGAUACUGUCGUCCAGGGCCAAGCAUGCUUCAAGUUCCUACGCAGGCAGAACAUCAGGCGCGCGUCGUUCAUGGUGCUGGAGAAGCUUCCCACUGAUCCGAGGGUGUCCCGGAUGUUGAAGCAGAAGCCGAAAGGCUCACUCAGGCAGGCCCGGAAAUAG